CGGAAGAAUAUUGGAAGGAAUAUGGCUAAAGGGAUUCAAUAAACUUGGUCGUGAGAAUGGUUACAAAAAAUGUCGUCAGAAAAAACCCAAGGCUGGUUGUUUUCUUGAUUAAAGUUAGAAUUAAAUGAACACAUGUGAACACCAACCUCGCUCUCUCCAAAGCCUUCAAAAACCUAUUAUAAAUACAGAACUCUCUAACUCUCUCCCUUUAACACUAAGCUUUUCUUUCUUCCUUCUAUAUUCUCAAACUUAAGAAAACUCUAUACUUAGGUAACAAUUCAAAUUAAUAAGACAGGUGUGGUCGUGAUCAAAGCAGAGAUGGGCGGUCCAGGAUCAUCAUCACCAUGUGCUUCGUGUAAGCUUCUUCGACGACGCUGUGCAAAAGAUUGUAUCUUUGCACCUUAUUUCCCUCCUGACGAUCCUCACAAAUUCGCCAUUGUUCAUAAGGUCUUCGGCGCAAGCAACGUCAGCAAAAUGUUGCAGGAACUACCAGUUAAUCAAAGAGCUGACGCGGUGAAUAGUCUGGUUUUUGAAGCAAACGCACGAGUUAGAGAUCCGGUAUAUGGCUGCGUAGGAGCAAUCUCCUACUUACAAAACCAAGUCUCACAGCUUCAAAUGCAACUAGCAGUGGCUCAAGCCGAGAUUCUCUGUAUCCAGAUGCAACACGAGCAACCUUUACAAUCUCAUCAUCAAGUACUUGAACUAGACCAAGACGAAAAAGCUCUCUUGCUAAACAACAAUAAUAUCAAUAACUGCAACAACGACAAUAACAACUUGGGUUAUGCCAUGUCUUCUGGGCAGUUUAACUCUAACUUUGCUUCUCCAAGUAGUAUAAUGCAGAUGCAGAUGCAAAUGCAAGACCCUCUUAAGCAAGAAUCUCUAUGGACUUGACUUAAGCCAUUGUUAUAAAAUUAAUCAUCGUUGUUUGGAAAAACACAAUGAAGACUCGACAAGUUUGCUUCUUGGCUAUGUUUAAAAAGAGAAAGAUGGGAACAAGUUUCGUGUAAGCAAAGUAAUAUAAGUCAAAAGCUUUAAUGCAUGCAUGUGGUGGUGAUGAGUUGUGGUUAGAAGCUUUAGAAUUAGAGAUCUGUUUUUAUUUCCCUCUUAAUUUGGUUUCUCACUGUAUUUUUCUUUUUACAUCGUUUGAACAGUGAAAUUAGAUCUAAUUCCAAACCCUGUUUAAUUUUCUUUCAAGUCUAAGAAUUUCUUUUUUGGCUGAAGUCUUCAAGAAACUGCUCUAUCCACACACGCUUUCAUUCCCAAAGAACCGACUCAAAACGGUUUCGAGUUCAGAUUAAGAGAAAAUUUACCCGGUUCAAUGGAUAAGUUUAAAGAAGAGAGAUGAUCAGUAUUUUAAAAUUACAUUGCUUAGAAAACAAAAGCAAGUUUGCUUUACCUGGAAUAUAUUUAUAUAUACAUAUAUAGAAUAUCCUAGAAAGCAGUAGAUUUUGUUUCUACUUGCCACAAAGUGAAGUCGAAAUCGAAGAAAAAUCAAGUUGAAAUCGACAUUUUAUUCAAAAACAAAUCUACAUGAUUCAACCUUUAUAAUUCGUUUGACAUACUAUAUAGAUUAUUAAUAUUAUUUUGAACAUUAAGUUACUAUAUAUUUAUUCGACCGACUUGAUUUGAUUAAUCAUAAGCAACACGUUAUAACGUAAAGUCGCAUGUACUGUUGCUUUUGUUUAGCAAAUAAUUUUUAAUUCAUAAAAUUCAGUUAGAAAAGAGGAGGUGGUGUUGAAUUUGAUUAUGUUAUCUCCAUUGCUAGUGUUCAUGUGAUCAGUAGACAAAAAAAAAUCAAAAUAUUGCCUGUCAACAGGGGAAAGAAUCUUUUUUCUAACAAUAAUCUAUGAAUCUAUCAUGUUUUUGUCACAAUUUUUAUUUUGUGAAAUUGCAUCUUGUAUACAUAUUUUUUUUCCUACUUAGAUCAAUACUUUAAAUUCCACACACCAUGGUGUCUUCGAUGAUAGA